AUGAUAAGUGCAAAAAGGGUAAUAAAAAUGGCGAAAAAGUGGCAAAAAAUGGCUGUUCGGAGACGCAAGAGGAUCUCAUACCUGAGAAAUGAAGUUGGUUUGAAAUCUUCGGCGGUAAAUAAGGGUCACUUUGUUGUUUACAGCUUUGAUAGUAAGCGAUUUGUGGUUCCUCUAGAGUAUCUUAACACUAACGUGUUUAGAGAACUCUUUAAAUGGUCUGAAGAAGUGUUCGGGUUGCCGGGGAAUAGACCUAUCAUGUUGCCGUGUGAUAGUGUUUUCUUGAACUAUGCAAUCUCGUUAGUUCAAGAACGGAUUCCUGAAGAUGUGGAGAGAGCUUUGAUCACUUUCAUGUAUGCUUGUCACAACAAGGCAUCCUCUAAUUCCUGCCAUGAUGUUAGGCAAAAAAGUGAGCAAAUAGUUAUCUAUGGCUUUUGA